UGGCUUCAUUGGGGGGUUUAGUAGAAGAAAAUACUAUCCUAAGAGAAAUUAACCCACCAAACCUAUGACACGGGGCAGGGGCAGAGUCUGAAUUUUAUACCCUCCCUUGGUAAUCUUCUUGGAGGGCCUGGCAGGAACAAAUGCAAAGCUUUCCUGGAGGAACACUUUAUAACCCAGGCCACAUGGGGUUUUUCCAGACAAAGUGGAUCACCACGCAAGAUGACCUCAUAAUAAUUACCAGAUCCACCAACGUGGGCCACGUUCGCACCAACACCGUGAAGAAGGUGGCCCGGGUCAUCACUGAGAAGUACUACACAUGCCUAGGCAACGACUCCCACGCCAAUAAGUGCGUGUGCAAGGAGACCACCGCUAUUGCCAGCAAGAACCUCUACAGUGAGAUAGCACUUGAUGUCACUCAACGGAUGAAGCAGAUUCAGAGAGGCUCGGUAAGUGGGAUCUCCAUUAAGUUGCAGAAGGAAGAGAGAGAAAGGAGAGAUCAUUAUGUUCCUGAGGUCUCAGUCCUGGAUCAGGAGAUCAAUGAAGUAGAUCCUGACACUGAGGAAAUGUUGAAGCUCUUGGACUUUGGCAGUCUGUCCAGCCUGCAGGUCACACAGCCUACAGUUGGCAUGAACUCCAGGACACCACGUGACUCCUUCUGCUGUGCUGCGAUAUCGUCAAUAAACCUUGGACGAAAACAACAACAACAAAUUCCCAAAACGGAUAAAGAAAGUUGUGAUUUGCCAUGAUAGAGCAUGCACAGCAAACACAACCAUGGCUUAAUGAAACAAUAAAUAACCAAACCAGACAAAGUAAAACAAACAAACAGAAAUGACACAGAACUAUCUGGGAGAAACUAUAAAAUAAUAUUGCAAGUGAUUACAGAGAAGAAGGAAUAGAAACCAUAAGGAAAUAACAUCUGAAAAAGAAAGAAAGACCCUAUAAAAAGAGAUUAGAUUCAUGGUUUUAGAACUGCCCACAAAGCAAAGUUCAGAUCUAGGUGGCUUCCCUGGUGAAUGCUACCAAACAUUCAAGGAAGAGUAAAUACCAAUUCUUCAUAAACCCUUCCAAAGAACAGAAGAUGAGGGAACAUUUCCCAAUUCCUUCUAUAGGAUCAGUAUUGCCCUAAUGUCAAAAUCAGUCAAAGACGUCACAAGAAAACAACACAUCAAUGUCCCUUAUGAUACAAAUGUAAGAAUCAUCAAUAAGAUACUAGCAAACUGAAUCCAGCAAUAAUAAAAAGGAUUAUACACCAUGACUAAGGGGAAUGUAUCCCAGGAAUGCAAGGGUGAUACAAAAUACAAAAGUUCAAUCAUUGUAAUACACCGAAUUGACAGAACAAAGGACCAAAAAACCCAUGAUCAUCUCACAAGACACAGAAAAAGCAUUGGGAAAAAAAUUAACACUUUCAUUAUAAUACACUUGACAAACUAGGAAUAGAA